CAACAAAUUGGAAAGGCUUUGCAGCGCCGUUCUGAUGCUAUCCGAAAUGCACUCAACUGGUACAAUGUGCAAGCUGCUGCACUCGAUCCUCCACGUCCGCAGUUGUCUUGGAAAAAUAUCACUGAGUAUAGUUUCUUGGGCGAGUUUGAUUUACUCCGUCAUUCACACGCAGACAUUCGUGAGCUCGACUGGACGAAGCCUGCCCAUAGGGAAGCAACAGUGAAGUAUUUUAAACUCUGUCGCGCUCGUGAGGAGAUCAUGUGGCUUAAUGUCGAGAUCUGCCGAUUACGCACAGCCAUUCAUGACGAAGGCAUUCAAAUGACUGCAGUCACCACUGAUCUUCUAGAUUCGAACCCCCCGUUAAGCCGCGAGCUCCAAAGGCAAUGGCAAGCACGCGCAGCUGUCAAUGCCGUGCACAUUUUGCGGUUGGAUCAGCUCGCACUUCAACCAGGCUUU